AUGGCCUUGCUCCGCUUCAUAGUAGCGCUAGUCCUUGCAGCGUCCGCUCAUUCAUUCAGUGUGCCGUCCCAUGGCGAUACUACCACCACAGAGACCCUCACUAGAUUUGUCUUUACUUGCCCUUGCGACUCGACUACCUCUGUCAGUGUCGGCACCGCCUAUCCUACCUCACCUGCAGAGACGUCUGACGGACACGGUUGGGAUGAUUGGGAUGGUUCUGUUUCACACUCGUUGGGAGCUCUGAGGUUAACAUCAAGCUCAUAUUCUUACUCAACUACACGGUCAAAACCUUGGACAUCUCGGACAGUUUCGUUGGAUACGACUACAGCCUCUGUUCCAGAAUCAAUCUUAACCUCUGCUGCGUGGACUUCUGCCUCUCCUAAUCUACCCGAAACACAAGCCAGCACUCCCCGACCCGAGUCAACAACAUCGAAAAGCUCGAUCACAUCAGUGUCAACCUCCGCAUCUUCCCCCAUUACUUCCUCAUCGACAUCGACGACCACUCCUGUGAGCUUGUCGCCUACCGUAGAACCAAGCACGACGAUCUCAACGACGACUACGACGAGCUCAUCGCCUAUCGUUGAAGUAAGCACAACUAGCACGACUACACUCACAACCUUGGAAAUCACAACAACGACACAGGAGACGACUUCUGCCCUCACUCCACUCACAACUAGCACUUUUUCCAUCACGACUACUUCAUCAGAAUGCUCAUUGGAGACUAUCACGACUACUCUGAAGAAGAGAGAUGUUCUCGAGGUGCGGACGCUUACAGUACCUGCUGCAGGAUGCUCCAUUACAAGCUCCAGCACAACGCUUAUGGACGAAGCAGCAUCUAGUACAACGACAUCGCCCGCGGGCAUCCCGACCACUACUCCGAGCACAACCUCCGCAGGGUCGACAACAUCUACAUCCUCAGCAAUAACCUCGUCCAUCGACACGAGCUCAACCACUGGAGAAAAUGAUGCCAGUUUGAGCAGCACCACAAGCAUGAGUACUGUGACCGCGACUGUGACCACUUCGAGCUCCUCCUCUACCACUUUGAGUGCAGAUUCCUCGGCUCCUACAGUUGGUCAGCCGUUUUCCCUUCAGGUCAACACCGGUGGAUCAGGAAAGCACAAGCGAGACAUCCUAGUGGUCGGGUAUGUCAACGGAGCACUUGUGCUUGUGAGCUCUCCAGCUGAUGCAGUGGCCUUUGUCCUCACUUCUGAUGGUGUGCUGAUGAUCUUUGGCACUACUUUGGUCGUCGGCUUCAGCGGUGGCCCAGGACUUUCAGCUUUGAUGAUCUACUCCUCAGUCUCAGCUAUGCCAACGACAAUUGUAUGGUUAGUCUCUGGUGGCGCCCUCGUCUUGCCAGGAGCUGGCUUCUGCGUUGGUGCCGGCAACGUUAUGUCAGUUAAUGCUGGACCGACAGAUAGUAGCUGUGCUCCUGUUACUGCGGUGCCGGAUACAGAUACAGACUCGUACAAUACUGAAGUCGCCAGCACGGUAACACCGGCGCCUCAAACCACGACUCUGACCACUCCGAGUUCGAGUUCCAUAUCAGUUGAGGCUACUGCUACUCCUGGCUCAUCCUCGCUCACCACCUCGAGUAUCUUUACCAGCCCAACCCCAAGUCUUGCCAGCUCUACCUCAAGUCUCACCACUCCAGCUUAUGUCUCGACUACCAGUACAACAUCUUUGGAUAGCACAACCUCGGACAGUGGCGUGACUACCAGCACAACAACCGCAACGAAGACCGAGGAGACAAGUGGACCGAAUUGCUCCAUUCUACCUUUGGAAAAUCAGACAGCACCAAGUGGCACUCAAUACACGCAAUUCUUCUACAGCUGUCGCGCUGCCAUUCCCCCAACUCUCGGCAGCAGUUACUCCAUAGCCACUUCAGGUAAUGGAGGCUAUAGCACGGACCCUACCGCCUUCCUGAGAGAAUGUGUGGUGAAUGCCGAAGAGGUUGGAGCCAGCGUAUGGACUUACUAUCAGACGUCGUCAGACUUCGGCUGGCACUGUGGCUUUUGGACCGGCCUAGUGGCAGAUGAUGACAUUUUCGUGGACGACCUGACAGUUUUCACCAUGAAUGCUAUGACAGUGGUUGGAGCAGGUGACACCUCAAGCAUCACAAGUACUUCCUCUAGCUCCACACCGCCAUCAGGGAUCUUCUCCAGUUCGACGCCCACAAGCUCAGCCGUGACUGCGACUUCCAGCUCAGCCUCCGCAACGCUAACAUGCACAAAUCUCUGCAGUGCGGGAACAGUAUCGUCGGGCUCUCAAGUAUGGGUACAGGCUGAAGCAGGAUGCUCAGAGUACAAUUUUAAUUGGGUUUAUGCUGCUUUCACUUUCUUCCCUGCUGGCUUGUCUGACUGUGAUGUGAUUCAGUAUUGUGCCAACUUCGCGGUUCAACAACGUAUGACAGCUUUCAGAGCUUUCCGGGUUCCCACUGAAAACCAGUGGCACUGUGACGCCGGUUUGAACAACGACGAAACAGGCGACUACGAAUACUCCGCAGCUCAAGGCGCUUUCUACAUGUACAAUCUUGUCUCUGCUUCAAGCUCCUCCACAACGUCUGCAACUACGCCGUCUGCAACUUCUCGGUCUGUAGCUGCAGUGUCUACAACUACAACGUUUGCAAAUACAACGCCUGAAACUACAACUAUGUCCAGUACGACAAGCACAAUAUCAUCUGCACCCUGCGUAGCAACUUCGGCUUCAGUCGGUGACAUUUUAAAUACCCCGGAUGGCAAUUCCUGGAUCAAUUUCUUCUCCUCUGGGUGUGGGUUGUCCUUGGAUUGGCAAACCUUGAAUUGGAACAAUCUUUAUGUUUACCAACGCACCGAUUAUACAUUUGCCGAGGCUUUAUUGGAAUGCGCCACCGUCGCAGACAACGACGGCUCGCCUGUCUUCGAGUUCGAGACCGAUACUCGCAACAACAAUCGAUGGGUGUGCUGGACUCUCAACGAUAUCACCAGCGACCCGGCACAAUUCCAGCCCUAUCCUGGCAUCGCUGAUGCGUACGGCUGGUACCUGCCUAGCAGGAUGAUUUUGCCAGUAACCACAACAUCAACCACGACAACGACAUCCAUCUCCGCUACUACAACCACAACAGAGACAACACCAACCUUGACAAUGACAUCUACCUCCGCUAUUACAACCACAACGGUGACAACUCCAACCUUGACCACGACAUCCACGUCCGCUACGACAGCUACAGCCACAGCCACAGCUACGACAAGCACAACAGCCGACAGUCUGGCACCAGCUGAGACUUUUUACAUCGUGGCUGACACGGUAGUGGCAAAUCGCAGGAUUAAGCGAGAUACAGAAUAUCUCGUCCUGAAUCCACAGACUGGCUUGAGCAGCCUUGUCAACUCCGAAGUUGAAGCAAGCAUAUUCACUACUGCCGAUGAUGAAUCAUUAAUGGUCAUAGUGAGUGGCACGCCUGUCUGGGUUGGUCUUACAAUCAGUGCGCCCACUCAACUCGUGAUGGAGACUGAGCAACCAAGUCCUCCGGUCACUGCAAUUAUUGACAGCAACGGUUUCCUGACCAUUUCAGGAGUGGCGGCUGAAUGCAUCGUGGACGGCGGACUUAUUGUCUCUCCCGCAGGCUCGAUUCCUGACGGAUGCGUCCAGGUCAUACUGAAAGCAGUUUCUACAACCAUUGCUGUUUCGGCUGAUCAAAGCACAGCGACAAGCACGUCUGCAUCUUCAUCAGCAGUGGCUGUUCCUACAACAUCUGGAUUGACAACAACCACUAGUACGGUGACGACUACGACCAUUAUGACGACUACACCGACUCCAACCCCUACUUGCGACAAUGGUUCAAUUGUUACAGACACGAAUGGAGAUACGUGGGAGACUCUCUGCGGACAGGGCAGUUAUUACGGAUGGAGUUCCUUCACCUCAUUCGCCGACGUGGAAACUCUAUCUGAUUGCAUUGUCAAGUGCAACAAAGACGAUUCGUGUAAUGCGGUCUCUAUUGAAUACAGAAAUGCUCCAGAUAACAAUCUUUGUGGUUUCAUCUCCACCUCGAUUGAUUUCCAACCUUGUGAUUUUGCUGCGGAUACAGCGAUCAAGAUUUCAGGAGCAAAUGCCAGACCACAAAUUGAUGUCUCUGGAUCAUCGACGACAGCGGCGAUGACAACGACAUCCGUCAGUGCUUCAAGCACAAUCACAACCUCAGCCACGUCGACAACUACAACCCCUGCAUGUACGCCAUCUGCGAUCGGAGAUAUCACCGCUCUUUACAACACCACCCAGACUUUCCGCAACGUUUACACAGGAUGCGGCGAGUCGAUGGAAGGAGGGACGACAGGUGGUCUGGGCUAUUUUCCCAACCAGUUCGCAGUUAAUUGGCUGGCGUCAGAAAACUAUGAGGGCUGGUCCUUUGACAGUGCUGUAAGCCGAUGUGCUCAGUUCGCGGUUGACAAUGCUGCCACAGCGGUUGAGUUCUAUAUCGACGUGGAUCAGAAUUGGCUCUGCGUCGGCGUUGAGGAUCUGACCGUUGACGACUCCUCCUUCUAUCCCGAUUCGAAUGUCAUUAAUGUCUGGGGCUUCGUCUGGGAGAAUUGGUGCCAGAAUACGCCGCUUGACGAUAUCAGCGCAACAGAUGGAACGAUCUUCUCUGAAUUCUACACCGGCUGCAGUGCAUCUUUCCAGGGCAAUACACCCGGGGGACUCGUCAACCUUAACCGAGUUGUGUCAGUGGACUGGCAAGCUCCAGACUAUUCCGGCUACACGUUUGAUGCCGCUGUUCAAAAGUGUGCUGACACCACCAUUUCGCAAGGUGGUAACUUGUUCGAGUUCUACAUUGGCUCAGAUGAUUGGUGGUACUGCAUUGCAGUGAACGACUUGCCUGCUACGGCUAACAGUUUCUAUCCCGACUCUACAAUUGGUAAGGUCUGGGGGUUUGCGAUUACAGAGGCAACCGAUGUCUGUGAACCUACACAGCUUGCAGGAUCGGUCCAGCUAGCGAACGGCACUACCUUUAGUGAGUUCUACGAUGCGUGCCAUGUGUCACUGGAAGGCGAUACCCCUGGCGGACCGAGCUCCAUGACAAAUGUGUUUGGCUUCAACAAUCCACCUGGCGAGGACGGCAAUCACGGAGGAUGGACCUUGGAGACUUCUCUCCAACAAUGUAUCACAGACUCGGCAGCUGCCGGUGCCACAUUGGUCGAAUUCUACGAGAAUGCCGAUGAGGAUCCUACUUGGUACUGCUUUAGUGCCAACAACGUACCGGCGCAGAAGGUUUCGUUCUACGGUGAUGCGAGUGUUGGCCGUCUGUGGGCUUUCACGCUUGACGAGUCUACCCUAUAG